UUACUAGAGCAUUUACGUAAUGAAUAAAUCCGAAACGUACCAUUUUUCAAAACAUUCUCUUCAAAACAAGCUAGGAAUUUGUUUAAGAACAAGUUUAUAAUUUGAUAUUGUUAAAGAAGAUUGAUAACUAUGUUAUGGCGAAACAGAAUAGCUUUUAAACACUUUAUUCAUCUAUCACCCUUUAAUUUUGCUCUAGGAGAACAACAGUUAAGUGAACUGGAGUAGACAGUUUGGCUUUUUGAUAUCCGCGUUUCAUCCACAAUAUCCCAUUCAAUUCCCGUUAUCCCGAACACUUUUUUUUUUUUGUACCAAAACCCCUUGAUCCCGAUUUUUAACUCUUAAUACCGAUCUGUUCCACUAUUUCUAUCCCGAUUCACCGGAAAAAACCUAGGGGACCAGCUUUCGGCUAGGCUUUCGUCAAAACAUAAGAUUUAUCGAAACAAAACCGGACAGCUGGAAAGAGAGAGCCCUUUGUGGUUGCGCUAGUUGAUGCAUGCGAACGUCAUUGAGCUUGAAUAAUGACCGAAUGGGUAACAUCAUUAACGGGAUGGCAAAAUUCCCUGCUAAGAACACCAGAAUUGUUAAAAUGCAAUUACCUCAACACGAGUUUGAAAGAACAUAGACGUGACAAGGCUGUGAAUUGUUAGAAACAAACAGGAAAUGCUCUGGUAGCAUGACACGUUUCUUGUUAAUGCAGUAAAGAAACAGCUGGUCUAUUUGCUACACUAUCACCAAAAGCAUUCAGUUCUGUAUUCUUUUGGUGAAAAAACAGAGUAUGUCUUCGAUUUCCCUUUUACCCUAGUUUUUGUUGCAGCAACAUCGAUGGUGGACGCUGGCAUUGCUAAAUAACUGAGAACAAUUUACUUGAAAUGACGAGAAAACCUAGUUUUCAAAUCAUCAUAUAAACUGAAUAAAUUUGGGUUAUUCCGUGUUGAUUGCCGUCAGGAUCUCAGCUUCUCAGUCAGUUCCUCCUAAAACUUGUGUCUAAAAAUAUCAAUCAAAACAGGUGGACACGGAAAGUAUAAAAAAUGGGGAAAGAAAACAAUUAAUGUUAAACAGGAACAGUUCCACAAUGUUUCACGAUUCACACAGAGUUUGGAAAUACAAACCACUUGAUGACUAUCUGAAACCCAAAAGCCGAAAAAGCGUUCGCAUUGAUGACAUCACUAGAACAAACUGAUUAAAGCGCGCGCGUCGUUAUGACAUCAUAAAGGACGGACUGGUACUGGUUAGGAAGUUGCACGUAGAGAUGGCGAAUUUGAGUCGGGGAUUCAAUGAGUAAAUGUGCUGGCUCACUCUAGAGGACGCGAUUGCCGUCGUCCCGGCAGCCAAGGCGCGCCAAGACCGACGUAAGCAGCCCAGCAGGCCGUGGUGCACUGGGAACGAGGAUGGUGACCGGGAACGCAUUUCCGGUGUGAACCGGAAACUCAGUGAGACUCGUAGAAGGUUGAUUUUAAGGAAGAAGGAGAAGCCAUCACCGUACACUUCCUUCAACGAGAACGAGACGGACAACAAGUCAUCUUCAGAAUUAAACAUGUUCCGAAUCCCAAGCUACUCAACUCGAGAAAAAGAAUGGUCAGCGGUGUUGCAUCCAAUGAGCUACCAUCACGGUGUUGCCAUGGCGAGGAGUGUUCGUGACCACGUGACGAUGAAGGCUUCAGGGCUACAGCCACCGAUGUCAACACUUUACGUCCGUUGGCAUGGAAACGAGAAUUUUCUAGUCUACAAUGUGAGAACGCUCUACCGGAUCUUUAUUCAUUUUGGAGAAGUCAGAAAGAUCACUAUCACAAGCCCUUGCAGUGCAACGGUUGUCUUCAAAUGCAUCGAAAGCGCAUGUAGAGCGCUAAGCAUGCGAAACCUUGGUCAGUGGCAAAACCCAUUACACAUGCGCUGGCUUCCGAACGUGCCACACGUUAUGUGGGACAAAGAGGAGUCACGUGCACAACCCUACGUCGUGCAGCAUCCACCAAUCAAAGAACGAGGAGAUAGCACUACGCCACCUGCCACCAUGCGCUCAAGUCAGAUCACGUGCAGCUUGUCUCAGACCCAGCUUCCACGGCCGAGCCCAACCCCAAAAGAGUCACUGUUGACAGUGCUGAAAAACGCAAGACUAGUUCCAGUACCGCGCGGUUAAACCAGCCUAUUUGUUUUGAAUUGGCGGCAUUUUACCGGCGAACUGUCACAUUUUGGCGAAUGAUAAGAAAACUAGAUCAAAC